UUUGCCGGUUUGGGAAUGACCUCGGUUUCGGCAAUGGAUGAGUCAGCACGAUCAACAAGCGGUCCGGUUCCGGUCACCUGAUCGGAGCUGGAUAAGGCACGUGAUCACAUCAGAGCCUGCGGUCCGUAGAGCAGCUCCGGAGCUACGGUCGUCAUCACGACCCAGGCCUCUUGUUAUCAAACGCUACCCUUUUUGAUUUACCUAGCUUCAGACCCAAUCACAUCACAAUGGAAUCCCUCAACGCCUCUGAGCAGCGUGAGCUCGCCUCUCGCAUGGAGAGACGCCAGAUGAAGGAAUUCAUGACCAUGUACUCCAAGCUCGUCCAGCGCUGCUUCGAUGACUGCGUCAACGACUUCACCACCAAGUCCCUGAUCAACCGGGAAGAGGGCUGUGUCCUGCGCUGCGUUGACAAGUUCAUGAAGGGAUCGGCUCGCCUGAACGAGCGGUUCCAGGAACAGAACCAGGCCAUGAUGAUGCAGGGACAACAGCGGUAAAUGGGAAAUUUAGCAUGGGGUUCGGUUGCUUUGCUUUGCCUUGACUUUGGCGGUUUCUGUAUAAAAUAUUAGAAUUUUUGCAAUGAUGACAUCCCCUAAUGGCCGGCGAUGGGCACCCGCUCGCUCUUGAGGAGCAAGUUUUGGUUGCCGAGCUCACAGUAUGGAGGUAUACUGUUGCUGCCGUGAUUGUAAUAUAUGGAAUGGAAAUAGCAUUUGAAGUAAACUAUGCUGGUUAGGAUACAGAUGGUCAGUUGUAGCAUGUAUCAGGCAUAAUGGAUAUUUCAUUUGCAGGCAUAAAUGUGGUAUAACCAUGAUGAAGUCAUCGACAUUUGACUUUCUCCAAUUUUGCUUCUUUCUUCUCCAAAAGACGUGAGGGGAUGAGUCCCUAAGAAUACUUUUACAGAUAGGUCUACUUACGAGCCAUUGCCGUGUAGAGUGAUGACUGGA